AUGUCCACGGGCAAUAUCUUCCGAUUCUUAAGAAAGCAAAGGGAUAUUAAUCUCUUCGAGUCGUUUUUUCCACGCCAUCAGACGGUGAAAACCAAACAGAAACAACAACAUGAUGAUGAACAACACAUCACGAAUUAUGUCCUCCUAAAUAUAGAAAAAAAGGGAAAACCAUCAGAUGCUGAAACGCCAAAGGCAUGUCGAGAAGCAGCUCUUGAUUAUUUCACAAAAUAA